AUGCUUUGUUCCCCCGUGGACCACCCGAAUAACGAAACUCUUACCUCCCUACUCCCCCCCAAAGAAGCCAACGUUAAAGGAACAGGCUUUAACAGAAUAGCUUCACUCCUACUCCCCUUCCAGAUACCAGGAGACAAGCGGGAGCAAUGGAUACAGAAUGAUAUGCUUCGAAAACGAUUAUUAGACGAAUGGAAUACUCAACCUAUUACCAAUUACCACCAUACAGAGGACUUUAAACCCCACAACAAACUCGCUAAACUUCCCCGCUCCAAAGCAAGACAGCUGUACCGCAUCCGCUGCCAGACGCCCAGACUGGACAAACACGCUGCUUUUAAUGUUUGA